AUGUCCGAAUCUGUGGUGGCUUCAGCUGCGUCAGUGACUAGCCCUGAUGAUCAGCUCACUUGUAGCACUGCUGGAUCAAUGGGUUCCGAGGAGAAAGUGUACGGCGGCUGCGACUGUCCAGACGCGACGUACGUGAAGCUCGUCUCGUCGGACGGGCACGAGUUCAUCGUGAAGCGGGAGCACGCCCCGAUCUCGGGGACCAUCAAGGCCAUGCUCAGCGGGCCCGGCCAGUUCGCGGAGAACGAGGCCAACGAGGUCACCUUCAGGGAGAUCCCGUCCCACGUGCUACAGAAGUUGAACAUGUACUUUACGACG